UGUGUGCAUAUAUACAAGUGGACAGUAGAGCACGCAUGUUCUCUGAAUUGUCGAAAUGACAUGCAAUCAUAAAUUGAAGGAAAUAUUGUUGCCAUGUCCUGAAUGCUGGAUAGGAGGAGGCAGGAUGAAUCUUAAUCCGUGGAGUUCAAUGAAGGCUUAAAACUAGAUGUGCAUGCAUUCCUGAUUGCAUAAAUCUUUCCCCAAAGCAAUCAUAUUGAGUCUCUUCAUCCUAGUCUUGUAUCUCAACUUUGUUCAUUUUUUCCCCCUUCCUCAAUUCAUGAAUUUGUCUUUUCAUACAGAUCAUCACGAUCGUGACAUCACUAUCAACAACUUGAUCGAUGGGAAAGCAAAUUUAGUUGAUAUGCUGUCCCCCAGUUGCUCCGACCUUAUGUUGGAGUUGGAGAACUGCAUUUUUUGUUCUUCUCUCACGAUGCAGGGGGCGUUAACUUCUUAACUUCAGCUACUGAAUUUCAUACUCGUAUGUUUGAUUUGUAUCGAUACUGUAUUCGCAAAACAGAAAUGGUCAUUCCUCCGCCUGUUAGACCAGAAAGAAUCACAAAGUUUCUUAAACCAUGUGUCUUGAAGAUGCACUUCACAAACAAGUUUGUAACACCCCAAGCAAUCCACACACCGACUGCUACAGUAGCCUCCGCUGCAGGUUCACAGGAGAAGGCACUGAAGUCGAGCUUAAAAUCUACUAGGGACGUGGGGCAGUUAGCAACUGCGGCCUUGGUGAGCGGUGGGGGCGACUGCCUGCUGCUGAAGGAUAUCCCUGCUGUUUCUGUUUUCUUAAAGAGAGAUCAGAGGUACGUACCAUGGUAAGGUUAAGGUUAAGGCUGUGAUUGAUUGGCCGAGAGAUUCAGAUAUAUCAAGCUGGUGUAGUCAAAAGCAUUAAUCAAAACUAGACUAACAGCAAUGUACGUAGCAUUUGCAUAUUAAGGAAGUUGUAUCAACUGAUGUGGAGUUGUUAGCAUUGAAGGGUGUGGUGGAUGCUAUGCUGAAACAUGCACGAGAAGCCAUAGCACCCACCCACUCAAAGGAGAGACAGCACAGCAGAGUUUGACAAUGCAAGCACAAACGCUGAACUAACUGGCCAAGGAAAGAAGGGUUCUGGUUCAGCUCUCCCCUUCCUCAACAACAAAGGAUUGAUUGUUUAUCACCAACUUAUGUUGUUUGUAGGCCCCACCCAGACAACAUCUGGCCCAUGCUUUAAUUAUUUCUUGGUGACAAAUGGUGUGGGUGGGCCCUCCUCCCAACUUGGACAAUAUUACCACAUGUCUUGGUUCUUGAUUGUGAGUGAUAAAUGAUGUGGGUGGGGUUGGUAAUACUAAUCCCAAGUCCUAACAAAAUAAUUUUAUUCACUCUAUAUUCUGACUUUAAUUAUGCUUCCAUCUCACGC